AUGAACGCUAUCAAUGCUGAAUCACAGAGUAACAGCAAGUUCUCCCAACAGAAAGGAACACCAAUCGCUGAGAAUGCGGCUACUGUCGACAAGGAUGUUGCAGCAGCGGGUGAUAGGUCGAAAGUGGUUGCGAUCGUAAAGGCGCAUGAAGAUACCAAUCCCCAGACAUCUCAUUCCAUCGCUUCCACGCAAAACGAACCAAAAGCCGAGAUACCACACGCCACGCAUGAUGAAACAAAUGCCAACACACCACACGCCACGCAUAAAGAACCAAAUGCCGAGACACCACAAGCGGUCACUUCCGCGCAUAACGAACCUGGUGAUACACAUCUGGGCAAGAAUCCAAAGGAAACUACGACCGCUAAAGAUCUGCUGGAUAUACCCAUUGAGGACCAGAAAUGGUAUUGGGAACAAAUUUAUGAUUGA